GCGCCGCUUUCGUCUAUAUAAGGGCGUCCCGCCGCCCCGGCCCCGCGGCCCCGGCCCCGCCGCAUUCUUCUGCCUUGUAUGGGCCGGGCCGGGCCGGGCCGGGACCCUGGGCCCGCCCGCCCCGCGGAGCCGCGUCCCGCAGAGCCGCGCCGGCCCCGCAGCUCCCGCACGUCCCGCAGCUCCGGCAGCGCCCGCGGCUCCCCGCUCCGGGACAGCUCUGUGCGGUUGUAGGAGGAGUUAGCGAUCACCUCCCCCCUCCGAGGCGCUGCGGCCACAUUCCCCCGCCGAGGUACUCCCCCAGCCACCAAGAUGUCCAGCAAACGUGCCAAAGCCAAGACCACCAAGAAGCGCCCCCAGCGCGCCACCUCCAAUGUCUUCGCCAUGUUCGACCAAUCGCAGAUCCAGGAGUUCAAGGAGGCUUUCAACAUGAUUGACCAGAACCGAGAUGGAUUCAUUGACAAGGAGGAUCUGCACGACAUGCUGGCUUCCCUCGGGAAGAACCCCACUGACGAGUACCUGGAGGGGAUGAUGAGCGAGGCGCCGGGGCCCAUCAACUUCACCAUGUUCCUCACUAUGUUCGGGGAGAAGCUGAACGGCACCGACCCCGAAGAUGUGAUCCGCAACGCCUUCGCCUGCUUCGAUGAGGAGGCCUCAGGCUUCAUCCACGAGGACCACCUGCGUGAGCUGCUGACCACCAUGGGGGACAGGUUCACUGACGAGGAGGUGGAUGAGAUGUACCGGGAGGCGCCCAUCGACAAAAAGGGCAACUUCAACUACGUGGAGUUCACCCGCAUCCUGAAGCACGGGGCCAAGGACAAGGACGAUUAGAGCCCGCGGCCACUCACCCCUUCUGCCCUAUCCCCUGCACAUGCCCUGCCCCUUGGCUCCCCUUGCUGCCCCACAGUAGAGUCCUCUCACAGGAAACACCUCCCAGGACCAUCACCCUGCAUCAGGACACGCUUGGAGGGGAUGCACUCCCAUCACUGUGCUGCUGUGUGCCCAUCCAGCCUUCCCCUCCCAUCACCUCUCCCACCCACUGGGCGCCCCAGCCUUGCUGUGACUUCCCCUCAGUAGCCACUGACCCCCUCAAAGCCACCAUGCCACUGGUCCCGGGGCUGGGGUGAGCAUCCCCUGCUGACCUGCAGGGAUUUGUCUGGGUCCAGCCUGAGCGAGCCGCAUUCAGGGCCAUAGCACAGAGGAAAAGCUUCUCUCCCUCUCCUCCCACACUCCCCCUUCAGGAAAGAACCCCCACUUUGUUCCUCCUCCCUGGCUGUUUUACGGCUUUAGAGUCUGAGAUCUGAGGGAUUCAGGAAGCUGGAGGGGUGUAUAAAGCCUGAUGGGUGUGACAGA